AUGGGAAGUUCUGAUGAAGACGAACGUAAAAAGCGCAGCAUUAACGAGAUGUUUGGUGACGAAGAUUCGGAUGACUUGGGCGACGACAAAAUUGCUCGCACUACGAGUGUUACUACAGCUGAUGCUUCAGGAUUGUUUGGAUCUGACUCGGAAAGCGAUGAGGAAGAGGGGAAGCCGGCCAAACGUCCAACGUUACCGCCCGUCAAACGUGUCAAACAUUCCCUCGACGAUAGUGACGGUCUUAAACGACGCCAUGACGGAGACGAAUACGAUUCAGGAGAUGAUGUAGUCGCUACAAAGGACGACGAUGACUUUAUUGACCGGGAUGAUGAUCUGGCAGAUGUGCUGGGCGAGUAUGCCGAGGACCGACAGCAAUUUGAUGACGAGCGUCCUGUCGAUGAAACAGGGCAGAUGCAGAAGCAGAAGGACGACUUUUUUGACAGGACCCUUGAUUCCCUCAAGACUGGCUCUCGCGCCAAGAUUAAUUUGUCACCGCAGGAGAUGGAGCAAAUUACACAGGAAGUGCUCUAUCGAAUGGACAAAGCUUACGCGGACGAUCUAGUUAGUAUUGCUGAACGUCGUCCAGCAGUAGAAAAGAUCAAGUUUUUGGACAACGCCCUCCACGUUUUGCGCAAGAUACAGUUUCAGCCUAUGCUGUUGGACUUUGAUCUGCUCACUAUUGUGAAGAAGUGGAUUCAGCCUUUAGAAGAUAGCGCACUGCCCAACGUAGGCUUACGUACGAAGAUGCUUGAGAUGAUCAGCAAGAUGCCAGUUUUUAAAGAGCAUUUGAAGCGCAGUGGACUUGGUAAAGUUGUGAUGCUGUUGAUGAAACACCCACAAGAGACAACUGAGAACAAGGAGCUCUGUCGCAGUCUUGUGGAGCGUUGGAGUCGCGCAGUCUUCAACAAGACGUUAGAUUUUUCAAAGCUGGCCGAGUUAGAGGCUGAGAAGGCUGAGAAUGAGGUUUAUCGCCGUCGUGAGCGCGCGCGUAGACAACAGAAGUCGAAGAACAAAAUACACGCCACUAAUCGUGGUGGUAAUAUUUUUAAUGCUCGCAGCGCUGAGAAUGGUGUGAAGGUUGAGGCAUCGGAGCGUGCAGAGCUACCACAGCAGCUGCACAUAAAUUUUCUGCUUCGCCCUCAGUCUAAGGUAGACAUGAAUGCCGCACAGUCUAAGAAGGUGGACCCAGACUCUCGCAAGGCGCGCUUGGUUAAGCGGAUGCAGGAAAUUGCCAGGCCUGGAAGAAAGACUAAACGGGCUACGGGUGUAAGCAUUGAGGGCAGAUAA